UAGAAAUUAAUUUUUCACUUAUAUUGUACUCGAAGCAAAGAUUUCUAGAGAUGCUACGUUUUCUAAUGAAAAUCUUCCGUAGGAGCAGUAAAAAAGGAAGCAAAAAGAAAAUAAAAGAUAAAACUCAGAAUAACAAUUUAAUAUCUAGAAAAAGAAGAGGGAAUAUUUUGAAACGCAAAGUCAUAGUUUCCAACGACCUUUACGAGCCUUAUCUACCAAUCACUGACGAGAAACAAAAUUCCAAUGUGACAUCACAGAGCACAUAUGAUGAUGUCAUAUUCAAUGAACCCACUUAUGAUGACGUUCAAAUAUAUGACGAAAUAAACAGUGACGCAAUUUAUGAAGUGGCUUAUUUUGGAAAAUUUAGAAGAAGAUCGGCAAGCGCGGGGGAAAUAUCACGUGACAUAACGGAAGAAAUGUACAACCAUUUGUUAAAUUUGAAUGAGAAACGAAAAAACGAUCUUUAUGACACGUUACAAAGAGACAAUGACGUACCAGAAAAUAUGUUACGUAAGCGUUCAUUGAGAAACAACAAUAGCACUUACUAUUUGCUAUCGCGAUCGACCUCCCAUGCGAUGAAUGAAACACUACUUGAUUCUGAAUUACGUCGUAUUAGACGGACUAAUGAUUUUAAUAAGCUAAUGGCUUUGUAUAAUCAAGAAAAGACUGAACGAACUCCAAGACGAGAUAGAAAACCUGGAGGCCAUCUUGAAAUAGUCAAACCAUCUAUAUCAGUAAAAGAAGCUGUGAAUAGAUUUAAAAAUGUUAGCAAUUCUGAAGGAACUAAGAAACUAACGAGUGAAGAGUUGCGAAACAGAAGAAUAGCGAAAAGGUCAACACCUAGACUAGAAGUGGUUUCCGAGAAGGAUAAAUCCGACUCCUAUAAAAAGAUUUCUGAUACAUCGACACCAAACAUUGUUGUAACCCGUGAGGAGAAAAAAGAAGAACAAUAUGCCAAGCCAGAUAAAUCCUUCAAAAACGCAGGGAAAACAGACAAUUUUUCUGUCAUAAAAGUCACAACACCAGUGACAAAAUUGACACAAAAAGACGAGUCAAAGCUUAAAACUAAAUACGUACCCAAGGGAAAACAAUUAAGCAGCGUCAAAUCUUUUAACAAUGGUACCAACGUGAAAGCGCUGAGUGCCCAAUUCAAUGAGAAUUCGGUUUCUCAGAGUAAAUCAUUUUCACACAAGAGCACUCUCAAUAACAACGACGAGUCUCCUUCAUGUGCACAAGAUGUCACCAAAGAGCGCAAAAAAGUGAGAUUUGCAGGUGAAAAGAAAAACGAACUUUCUGAAAGUUUUCUGUUCAAUACUAUGAAGACUCGACUGAAUUCCGUUAGAUGAAUUACACUCAACAAUGUAAAAUGGUUGGCCA